CGCUGUUAUGUGGAAAAAGGCGGAGCACCAAACACCGAUCUCCUUAGUCCUUGGGCAAUCGUUAUUCCCAACAAAUCCCUAAUUGAAGGGGGAAAAGAAAACCUAAUUUCCUCUCUGGUCUCACAAGGGAGAAAAGGGUUAAAAGGAAGAACUUUUUUUUUUUCCAGACCAAAAAAAUGGUGUUUUACUUCAAAGCCCGACCAGAGGCUGGCGAUUACACCAUUUUCAUGGGACUUGACAAGUACGAGAACGAGGAGCUCAUCAGAUACGGCUUCCCCGAAGACAUUUGGUUCCAUGUGGAUAAAAUGUCAUCUGCUCAUGUUUAUUUACGACUUCAGAAAGGUCAAACCAUCGAUGAUAUAAGCGAAGGUGUGCUCGAAGAUUGCGCUCAGCUUGUUAAAGCUAAUUCCAUCCAAGGCAACAAAGUGAACAAUAUUGAUGUUGUUUACACUCCAUGGUCCAAUUUGAAGAAAACUCCGUCCAUGGAUGUUGGACAAGUUGGCUUUCACAAUCCCAAGAUGGUACGGACUGUGAGAGUGGAGAAGCGGAUAAAUGACAUAGUUAACAGGUUGAACAGGACUAAAGUGGAAAGGAAACCUGAUUUAAAAGCUGAGAGAGAAGCUGUUAAUGCAGCGGAAAGAGCAGAGAGAAAGCAACAGCUGAGGGAAAAAAAACGACGUGAGGAACUGGAAAAGCUUGAGAAGGAAAGGCAAGCAGAGAUAAGAAGCUAUAAGGGUCUCAUGGUCUCUGAAAAGAUGACAUCAAACAAACAAAUUGCAGCAACAAGCAAGUCAUUGCAGGAACUUGAAGAGGAUUUUAUGUGAAGCAUAUUUCAAUGCCAAUUAAGAUGUUGCUAGCUGCUGAGCAAAAAAAAGAAAAGAUGUUGCUAGCUGCCUAAAACCUGCUGGCUUUCAAAGAAGGGUGGUUUGUUGUUAAUUUUCUAUUGCAGGCUUGAAGUUAUUUCCCUCAUGAAUAAGUCACCAAAGUCCUGACUAUUUACUUCUAUCCGGAUUGAUCAGAAAAAAAGACAAACAUGGAAUGGAAACUAACUUCAAAGAGUAAAUGGAGUCAAGGUUGAGGGUGGGGGAGAUGAACUUCUGUUGUAGUUGCUAUAUAUUGUACUAAACAUAUUCAAAUCUCCAUUGCUGGUUAACUUGUGAUUGUUUUGCAUUUUCAUAUUUAUUCUGAUGGCAAGUUUGCAAAUGAUUAUGCCAUAUUACCAUGGUUUUGAUUUUGUUUUGUCCAUGUUUACCACAAAAACUCACCUGUGCCAUAACGGGAUGCACGACGAUUGAGAAUGUGGAAAUGUCUAACUGCAGAUGAAUUGUUGAUAAAGUUAUAUGGUUGUGCCUAUUUCAUUUUCAAGAAGAUGACUACUAAGGUUGAUUGA